CGAGCGCUUCACCUGCAGCCCGGAGCGGGCGCUCAGCGGCGGCGGCGGCGGCAGGAGUGGGGCGCGAUCGCGCCGAGCCGAGCGGAGCCGAGCCGAGCCGAACCGAACCGAACCGAGCCGCUGUCCCCGGCACCGCGCGGCACGGGGCGGCCAGCCGCACCGCCACAGCCCGGCGGGCGGGCGCCGCCAGGGCGAUGGGGACCGGCUCGCGGCUGCUGCUGGUGAUGCUCGUCUGGGGCUCGGCGGCGGCACGCGAUGGGGAUCUUACAGUUAGACCCACAUGCAAGCCUGGCUUUUCAGAAGAAGACUACACAGCAUUCGUCUCCCAAAGUAUCAUGGAAGGGCAGAAGCUACUGAAAGUAAAAUUUAAUAACUGUGCCGGUAACAAGGGAGUUCGGUAUGAAACCAACAGCUUGGACUUCAAGGUGAGAGCAGAUGGGACCAUGUAUGCUGUCCGCCAGGUGCAAAUGCCCUCGAAGCAGCUGAUCCUGAUGGUGACCGCCUGGGAUCCCCAGACCCUGGGCAGAUGGGAGGUGAUCAUCAGGUUUCUGGUGGGAGAGAAGUCGCAACACAAUGGACACAAGCCAAAGGGAAGGAAGAGCAUACCUGGGGAACUGGCGCAGCAGCAAAGUGACACCCUGCUCCCGUGGCGCCAGCAUCAGAGCGCUAAUGGCCUCCGGCGGCAAAAGCGAGAUUGGGUCAUCCCACCGAUCAACGUGCCAGAAAAUUCGAGAGGCCCCUUUCCGCAGCAGCUGGUUCGGAUUCGUUCCGAUAAGGACAAAGAGAUCCAUAUCAGGUACAGCAUCACUGGAGUGGGAGCCGACCAGCCGCCGAUGGAAGUCUUCAGCAUUGACCCUGUGUCUGGCAGGAUGUAUGUGACUCGCCCGAUGGACAGAGAAGAAAGAGCUUCCUACCACCUCCGGGCUCAUGCAGUGGAUAUGAAUGGAAACAAAGUGGAGAAUCCUAUUGACCUUUACAUCUAUGUGAUUGAUAUGAAUGACAACAGACCGGAGUUUAUAAACCAAGUCUAUAAUGGAUCUGUUGAUGAAGGCUCUAAACCAGGUACCUAUGUGAUGACAGUGACUGCGAAUGAUGCUGAUGACAGUACUACAGCGAACGGGAUGGUGAGAUACCGAAUUGUGACUCAGACCCCACAGAGUCCGUCACAAAACAUGUUUACCAUUAACAGCGAGACGGGAGACAUCGUCACCGUGGCUGCUGGCCUUGACAGAGAGAAAGUUCAGCAGUAUAUAGUCAUUGUUCAAGCCACAGAUAUGGAAGGAAAUCUUAACUACGGUCUCUCAAACACGGCAACUGCAAUCAUUACAGUGACAGAUGUGAAUGACAACCCACCCGAAUUCACUACGAGCACUUAUUCAGGGGAAGUUCCUGAGAACAGAGUGGAGGUUGUGGUUGCAAAUUUGACGGUGAUGGACCGGGACCAGCCUCACUCCCCCAACUGGAAUGCCAUCUACCGCAUCAUCAGCGGGGACCCCUCUGGCCACUUCACCAUCCGGACAGACCCUGUCACCAACGAAGGCAUGGUAACUGUCGUGAAGGCAGUCGAUUACGAGAUGAACAGAGCUUUCAUGCUGACAGUGAUGGUAUCAAACCAAGCUCCCCUGGCCAGUGGAAUCCAGAUGUCCUUCCAGUCGACAGCAGGAGUCACCAUUUCAGUUACAGACGUCAACGAAGCACCGUAUUUCCCAACAAACCACAAGCUGAUCAGACUGGAGGAAGGAGUGCCCACAGGGACGGUCCUGACAACGUUUUCCGCUGUGGAUCCUGAUCGCUUCAUGCAGCAAGCAGUAAGAUACUCUAAGCUGUCAGAUCCUGCAAACUGGCUGAACAUUAAUGCCACAAAUGGUCAGAUCACUACCGCUGCUGUCCUUGAUCGAGAGUCAGACUACAUUAAGAAUAAUGUCUACGAGGCCACAUUCUUGGCGGCUGACAACGGUAUACCCCCAGCCAGCGGCACUGGCACGCUGCAGAUCUACCUAAUCGACAUCAACGAUAACGCUCCUGAGCUCCUGCCAAAGGAGGCACAGAUCUGUGAAAAGCCAAACCUGAAUGUCAUCAACAUAACAGCCGCAGAUGCUGACAUCGAUCCAAACGUUGGGCCCUUUGUCUUCGAGCUGCCAAGUGUGCCAUCUGCGGUGAGGAAGAACUGGACCAUAACACGGCUGAAUGGCGAUUACGCCCAGCUCAGCUUACGAAUCAUGUACCUGGAAGCCGGUGUAUACGACGUGCCGAUCAUUGUGACGGACUCGGGAAACCCCCCCCUGUACAACACAUCCGUGAUCAAAGUGAAGGUGUGCCCGUGUGAUGAGAACGGCGACUGCACCACCAUCGGGGCAGUAGCUGCAGCGGGACUGGGCACGGGAGCCAUCAUAGCCAUCCUGAUCUGCAUCAUUAUUUUACUGACCAUGGUGCUGCUGUUCGUGGUGUGGAUGAAACGCCGGGAGAAGGAGCGCCACACCAAGCAGCUCCUGAUCGACCCCGAGGAUGACGUGAGGGACAACAUCCUGAAGUAUGACGAAGAGGGAGGUGGAGAAGAAGAUCAGGAUUACGAUUUAAGCCAGCUCCAGCAGCCAGAGACCAUGGAUCACGUGCUGAACAAGGCACCUGGAGUCAGAAGGGUGGAUGAGAGGCCUAUUGGUGCUGAACCGCAGUAUCCUAUAAGACCAGUAAUCCCCCAUCCCGGGGAUAUUGGUGACUUUAUAAAUGAGGGCCUGCGUGCGGCAGACAACGACCCCACGGCCCCCCCCUACGAUUCCCUGCUGGUCUUCGACUACGAGGGCAGCGGCUCCACUGCCGGCUCCGUCAGCUCCCUCAACUCCUCCAGCUCCGGGGACCAGGACUACGAUUACCUUAACGACUGGGGCCCCAGGUUCAAGAAACUGGCGGACAUGUACGGGGGAGGCGAGGAGGAUUGAACUGACCUCACUUAUUUAAAAAAAAAAAAAGAGAGAAGAAGAAGAAGAAAAUAAAAACAAUUAAAAACAAACCCACAGAUGACAACGUUAACGAAAAGAGCCGAUGCAGAAGCAAGAACUGUACAGAUGUGGCAGCUUUUUUAAUUAAUAUCCCCUGCUGACUGUAUUGUUAUUUUUAGUGGUGAUUUAGGAGGUUUCUUUUUUUUUUUCCUUUUUCUUUUCAAUUUUUUUUUUAGAAUAUUGAGCUGUCUCGCAUGAACACUUGUCUCUGCUGCAGGUUUUUUUGUUGUUGUUUUUGUUUUUUUUUAAUGUCAGCUGGGAUAUUGCUCGUUUAUCUGCUUUAUGACUAAAGAGAGUGAAAGGCACUCUGUCUUAACUUGAAUUUCUUAGAACAGAAGCACUGUUUUUAAAAUAUAUAUAUAUAUAUUUGAAAGUGCCUUUUGGUGCAUGUAUCAGAUUCCCUUCAAUCUCAGGAGUGAUGAAAACAAACAUACAACCAUCCUGGGCAGCACUCCCUGUGACCCUAAGCCAGUUCUAGCUGGGAAGGAGUUAACAAAAAGGAACUGUGGAGAUUGUUUCUUUU